AUGAGAUACUCCUCCCUCAUCACUUUCUCUCUAGGUAUUGCCAUCUCAUCCCUACGAGCUCAAGCCUGCAGCACCCAAAGCGAUGUGAAAGUAACUUUCUACGGCUAUCCCGACAACUCCCCACCCGGCGCCGGGACUGCCUACAACUGCGGCAACAGGAACUACAUUGCUGGCGGAACCGGGACGUAUGACGACCCUCUAACGAUGGCGACGUCGACCGGGGAAUUCAACAAAUGUGAAAUCAUCUACGUGCCGUAUCUCCAGAAAUACGUACGCUAUGAGGACGAAUGUCAAGAAUGCGACUCCGACUGGCAGUCGGGAACAUGGCAUAUCGAUAUCUGGACCGGAUCAUCGACGUCGGACGGCGGCUCAGCGCAAGUCCGCUGCGAAGACAGCUUAACACCCGAUGGUACGCAGACUGUGGUGCGCCAGCCCUCUCAGCACUUGAGUGUGAAUUCGCAAGCGCUGUAUGACGGAUCGUGCCACACCGAUGCUACGGACCCUAAUCCCGAUCUCUCGAAUGUCUGUAGUUCGGGAGGGUCGGGGUCCGGGGGUGCGGGAUCCGGAGGGUCCUGUUCUUGGCCGGGUCAUUGUGCAGGAGCACCAUGUUCGACUUACAACGACUGUUCCGAUGCCCUAAUCUGUAGUAAUGGCGUCUGCGCCUCUUCUUAG